AAAAACACCAAGGCAAAGUGGUUUCCUUUGACUCUUGAUGAGUUGACAGAUGUUACUAAUACUGCACGGUUGUUGUUUAUUUGAGAAAUCAUUGCUGACUUUGAAGUUAUUGAGGAAUUAGUCUUAAUGAAUAGUGUGUAGAAUAACUAUAGACAAGGUAUUUUCAAAAAGUUAAGAAAACACUAUUUCUAUACAACCUGAAGUGCUGUUUACUAAGAUGUGUUAUAACUGAUGAUGGUAAAAAUCUGUGUAGAACGGAAAAAUGCUCAGGUGGACAAAUGUAUAAAACUAUGAAAAUUUGAGAUGUUUAAAGUCUGUGGUCAUUUAUUAUUUUAUUUUUUAGCAGGUAUUUUAGAGAAAAAUUUGAAUCUGUCGUGUAAUAUGGAACCAGCAGUGUCAACAUUUGCUCUAGUUGACUUAGCCAUUGUCAGUUUUAUGAAUUUUUUGUCAGCUAUAGAAGCUGAAUAUCCUUACUUGCCCUACUGUAGAGCAGUUUGAUUGCUCAGUAGUGGUAAGGUUUUAUUGCAGACUUUUGAGAGUUAGGGCUGAGAUCGAAAUUUUUCUGAAAGGGAGGAACUGCUUUCAACUGCUAUUAUUAAACUGAAUGGCUUUGGAAAUCAGCUUUUAUUGGAGACUUGAUAAUGUUUCUUAAUGAAUUCAACCUAAAAUUGCAGGACAAAAUAGUGCUUAUAUCAAAACUAAAACUGCAAUAAAAUUAUUUUGAUGACAACUUAUGUUUGAAUCACAAGUAAUACAAGUCAUUUUAUAUAGCUUUCCAUGCUGUCAAAAUUAAAACAAAGAAAUGAGGUUUCCAUUCCCCCCUAGAGUUUCAGUGGAUAUAUUUUUGAGCUCAAACUACAGUUUCAGCAGCAUUUUUCAGACUUUGAUGCAAGCGCAAAGGAAAAUUUCAUAUUAUAAAAUCCAUUUAACUGCAGUUGAGGCAUUUUUAAUUGGAGUGAUUAAUCUAUAAUGUAAUGUCAUGCUAAAAGGCAAAAACUAAAAAGAGGAAAAAAUUCUUUCAUUGCCUUCCAAACAAUGAAUAUGUUUAAUUGAAAUCAUAUCCUUAUAAUUUUAUAUCAGUGUGUGGUAGUAACUGUGUGGUAUUUUUUGAAAAAAGACAUUUUCAAGGAUGAAAAAAGUAAACUCUUCUUGAAGAUCAGCACUUAUAACAUAUGAACAUUUGCAAUUGAUGUUGAUGAUAAAGAGCACUUUGAAUCCCAAGUCUCCGAAAGAGUUUGAAAGCAUAAGCAAAGGAUGAAUUUGGCUGAGAUUUGUGACAAUGCAAAGAAAGGAAGAGAAUAUGCACUUCUUGGAAAUUAUGACUCAUCGAUGGUUUACUACCAAGGGGUGAUACAGCAGAUUCAGAGACACUGCCAGUCAGUCAGAGAUCCAGCUGUCAAAGGCAAAUGGCAACAGGUUCGGCAGGAAUUGUUGGAAGAAUAUGAACAAGUUAAAAGUAUUGUCAGCACUUUAGAAAGUUUUAAAAUCGACAAGCCCCCAGAUUUCCCUGUGUCCUGUCAAGAUGAACCAGUUAGAGAUCCUGCUGUCUGGCCACCCCCUGUUCCUGCAGAACACAGAGCUCCACCUCAGAUCAGGCGUUCCAAUCGAGAAGUAAGACCUCUGAGGAAAGACAUGGCGGGAGUAGGAGCCCGGGGACCUGUAGGCCGAGCACACCCUAUAUCAAAGAGUGAAAAACCUUCUACAAGUAGGGACAAGGAUAAUAGAGCAAGAGGGAAAGAUGACAAGGGAAGGAAGAAUAUGCAAGAUGGUGCAAGUGAUGGCGAAAUUCCAAAAUUUGAUGGUGCUGGAUAUGAUAAAGAUCUGAUAGAAGCCCUUGAGAGAGACAUUGUCUCCAGGAAUCCAAGCAUUCAUUGGGAUGACAUUGCAGAUCUGGAAGAAGCUAAGAAGUUGCUAAGGGAAGCUGUUGUUCUUCCAAUGUGGAUGCCUGACUUUUUCAAAGGAAUUAGAAGGCCAUGGAAGGGUGUACUGAUGGUAGGACCCCCAGGCACUGGUAAGACUAUGCUAGCUAAAGCUGUUGCCACUGAAUGUGGCACAACAUUUUUCAACGUUUCCUCUUCUACACUGACAUCUAAGUAUAGAGGUGAAUCUGAGAAGUUAGUCCGUCUCUUGUUUGAAAUGGCUAGAUUUUAUGCUCCUACCACGAUCUUCAUUGAUGAGAUAGAUUCUAUCUGCAGUCGAAGAGGAACCUCUGAUGAACAUGAGGCAAGUCGCAGAGUAAAGUCUGAACUACUCAUUCAGAUGGAUGGAGUUGGAGGAGCUUUAGAAAAUGACGAUCCUUCCAAAAUGGUUAUGGUGUUGGCGGCUACUAAUUUUCCAUGGGACAUUGAUGAAGCUUUGCGAAGGAGAUUAGAAAAAAGGAUAUAUAUACCACUCCCAACAGCAAAAGGAAGAGCUGAGCUUCUGAAGAUCAAUCUUCGUGAGGUCGAAUUAGAUCCUGACAUCCAGCUGGAAGAUAUAGCAGAGAAGAUUGAGGGCUACUCUGGUGCUGACAUAACUAAUGUUUGCAGGGAUGCCUCUUUAAUGGCAAUGAGACGACGAAUCAAUGGCUUAAGUCCAGAAGAGAUCCGUGCACUUUCUAAAGAAGAACUUCAGAUGCCAGUUACCAAAGGAGACUUUGAAUUGGCUCUUAAGAAAAUUGCUAAGUCUGUCUCUGCUGCAGACUUGGAGAAAUAUGAAAAAUGGAUGGUUGAAUUCGGAUCUGCCUGAAGUUCUGUCAGCUCUUUCAUUUCUAGUAUUAUCGUUUAUAAAAUGUGAAGAAAUUCCUGCAAUUGUU